GGCUAGCGCUCAACCCAAAUUCAGUCGCGUGUUGAAAGUGAAGCGCAAAAGUCAUUCAGCGAGAGCUACGAUCUAACGAGAGCGAGGGAGAUUGAACUUCGCACCAUGGAUCAGAAGCGCGCCAUGCUCUAUCCCCAAGUGGAUUUCAACACGCCCAGCGCUCCGCUGCCAACGCCAACAAAUGAAUCGACUGUGCCAACGAUGGAGGCGCCGCCAUCCUACGAUGUGGCAAUUUCAGCACAAACUCCAAUUGUGAUUGCACAGCCACAUACACAACCGCAGCCAGCACUGCCACCACAACAACAACAACUACAGCAGCAGCCAGAACUAUUAGAGCCCACAAUAGUGCAAACAGCACCCACAAAUUUGGGCCCAAAUCCAUGCCGCGUGCUGUGUCCCGCUUGUGGUGCACAGAAGACAACACGCAUGACGCACACAGCCAAUGCGAGGACUCACCUGGCCGCGGCGCUCAUCUGUCUAGUGGGCUGGUGUGUCUGUGCAUGCUUUGUGCCCUAUUGCAUGAAUAGCUGCCGCACAGGUAAUCACUAUUGCCGCAAGUGUAACACCUUUCUGGGCGCCUACGAUCCGCAGGGCGUCAAAUGAUGCAGAGCAAACUCAACGGAAACUGAUGAACGCAAUAACUUAAGAUAAGAUAAGCGAAAGAUGUUGAUCUACAUAUAUAAAUAAGCAGUCGCUUAAGCCUCAAAUGUCAGCUGUUUGUAUUAUAAUAAUAUACCUACAUACAUAUGUAUUUAAGUCCAAUAUUCAUGCAUAUAAAUAUAUUGCGCAUAUGCACACAUACAUACAUAUGGAUGUAGAAAGAUGUGUUUAUGUAAAUUCGAAUGUAUGUGUGUGUGUUGUGUGUAGAAAACGA